UUGUUGGUAUCGUUCAGUGUCAUGGCUCCCUAAACGAGUGAACGUCCGAGUCCGUUUUCUAUAUCUCUCGAAGAAAUAAAGCAUUUCUUCUUGUACUUGAGUGGAAAUUGUUUAAAACUACUUACUCGUUUAGCUCAGAUCGUUCGUCAUGGCGGGCAGCAGUACGGCUCAGAAAACAUGGGAGCUGACGAACAGCAUGCAGGAAGUUCAGAGCAUCGAUGAAAUCUACAAAUAUGACAAAAAACAACAACAAGAAAUCCUCGCUGCGAAGCCCUGGACAAAAGAUCACCACUACUUCAAGUACUGCAAGAUCUCAGCACUGGCCCUGUUGAAGAUGGUGAUGCACGCCAGGUCUGGAGGGAACCUGGAGGUGAUGGGCCUCAUGCUGGGGAAGGUGGAUGGAGAAACCAUGAUCAUCAUGGACAGCUUUGCUCUGCCUGUGGAGGGCACAGAAACCAGAGUCAACGCCCAGGCUGCAGCCUACGAAUACAUGGCUGCAUAUAUUGAAAAUGCUAAACAGGUUGGUCGUCUGGAGAACGCCAUUGGCUGGUACCACAGUCACCCAGGCUAUGGAUGCUGGCUGUCGGGCAUCGACGUCAGCACUCAGAUGCUCAACCAGCAGUUUCAAGAGCCUUUUGUGGCUGUUGUGAUCGACCCGACUCGGACUAUUUCUGCUGGGAAAGUCAACCUCGGUGCCUUCAGAACCUACCCAAAGGGUUACAAACCCCCCGAUGAGGGACCAUCAGAAUAUCAGACAAUCCCUCUGAACAAGAUUGAAGACUUUGGUGUCCACUGUAAACAGUAUUACGCCUUGGAGGUGACAUACUUCAAGUCUUCCCUCGAUAGAAAGCUGCUGGAACUUCUUUGGAAUAAAUACUGGGUUAAUACCCUCAGUUCCUCCAGUCUCCUCACGAACUCGGACUACACCACGGGCCAGGUGUUUGACCUGUCAGAGAAGCUGGAGCAGUCGGAGGCUCAGCUGGGAAGAGGCUGCUUCAUGCUCGGCUUGGACACACACGACCGGAAAUCUGAGGACAAGCUGGCCAAAGCAACACGAGACAGCUGCAAGACGACCAUAGAGGCGAUCCAUGGCCUGAUGUCCCAAGUCAUCAAGGACAAACUCUUCAAUCAAAUCAACACAUCUGCCAAUUGAAGCUGAACCACAAGGCGAUUUUUGAUUUCUCCUGAAAGUGAUUAAAUGUGCAUGUUUAAACAUUUAUUGGUUUAAUGCUGUCGAACUGCUCAGAAUAGCGUUGGUGUGUGACCUUUCUACGGGGGAUUUCUUUUCUAUUCCGUUUUGUCUUUCUCCUAGAAGUAGCCAAGAAAAUCAUUCUGGACAAAAAGCAAAAAAAUAAAGUAUGAAAUA